AUGGGAAAUGAAAAGGCCACUUCAAUUCAAAUACAAGCAGCUGCAAAGCAAGCUAAUGCUCAUGACUUUGUUACCAAGCUGCCCAAUAAUUACAAAACCCUAGUUGGAGACAGAGGAGCUCAGUUGAGUGGAGGCCAGAAACAGAGGAUAGCCAUUGCAAGAGCCCUCAUCAAAGACCCAAAGAUCCUGUUGUUGGAUGAAGCAACAUCUGCAUUGGACACUCAAAGUGAAUCCAUUGUGCAACAUGCCCUAGACAAGGCAAGGGAAGGAAGGACUACCAUCAUUGUGGCCCACAGACUCACCACCAUUCGCAGUGCUGAUAAAAUAAUUGUCCUAGACAAUGGAGUAGUUGCUGAAGUGGGAAGUCAUGAGGACCUUAUGGCCAAGAAUGGACUCUACUUUCAACUGGUCACUGCCCAAACUGUUGAUGAAGAAGCAGACUACUCUGGAAAAUUUGACCCAUCAAAGAAUGAUGAAAAAACAGCUCCACAGAGCAAGAGACUCAGGCUGCAGAGUGAACACAUUGAUGAUGUAGUUGUUGUGCCAACAGAAGAGAAAUCUGGUAAUAAAAAAGAAGACCUACCAAAACCGUCUUUGGUGAGGAUCAUGAAGUUGAAUGCAAAAGAAUGGCCUCUGAUUGUGAUUGGAACUCUUGCAUCUGCUGCCAAUGGCAUUUCAAUGCCUGCCUAUGCCAUUUUGUUUGGUGAAGUACUCAGUACCCUUGGGAUCCCAGAUGAUGAUGAGGCCAAAAGGGAAUCCAUGAAAUAUUCUGAUACCAUGCACCUGAUUGAAGCGGAAUUGAAAGUGAGCCCUUCUUCGUACAAGUGGAGUAAAUUGAAAAUCAUGAUGGUCUUCAUGUUUGGAAUAGCUGGAGAGAAGUUAACAAUGCGCAUCAGGAAGUUGGUUUUUGGAACUAUGCUGAGACAGGAAAUGGGUUGGUUUGACAUGGAAGAAAACUCAACUGGAGCUUUGUGUGCCAGAUUGGCAUCAGAUGCUUCAAGUAUUCAAGGGGCCACUGGUUCAAGAGUUGGCACAGUUACACAGUCUUUGGCCUCAGUUGGCAGUGGGAUUGGCUUGUCUCUUUACUACAGCUGGAAAUUGGGUCUGGUUGUGAUUGCCUUUGUUCCCUUUGUAGUGAUUUCCACAUACUACCAGUCAAAAAUUGUUUUUGGGCAGAAUAUUCUGGAAAAAGAGCAGCUAGAGAAAAGCAGCAAGGCAGCAGUUGAGGCCAUUGGAAACAUUAGGACAGUAGCAGGACUAAGAAGAGAACAGUACUUCCACAAAGUUUAUAUGGCUGCCCUGCUGCAACCUCAUCAAGCUGCUACAAAGAAGGCUCACCUCAGAGGAGCCAUCUUUGGCUUGGCCCAAAGUGUGCCCUUCUUUGCAUAUGCUGCCACUAUGUUCUACGGGGGCAAGUUAAUUGAGGAUGAUGGUCUGGACUAUGCUAGUGUCUUCAAGGUUUCAGAGGCAUUGAUAGCUUGCACUGUUGUGGUUGGCCAGGCCCUGGCAUUUGCUCCCAACUUUGAUGGAGCAAUGGUGUCCUCUGCCAGAGUGUUCAAGUUGUUGGACAGGAAGACUUUGAUUGACCCCUCUGAUAAUUCUGGAAAGAAUUUGCAAGGUGUUGAAAAAGGGGUGGCUUUCAAAGAUGUAGAGUUUACAUACCCUUCAAGACCUGAUGCUCAAAUCCUGAAGAAACUGUGUUUGGACAUACAAGCAGGCAAGACCAUUGCGCUUGUUGGAAGUUCGGGGUGUGGUAAAUCAACCACCAUCCAGUUGUUGGAAAGAUUCUAUGACCCAUCUUCAGGCUCUGUGAACGUGGAGGACAACAACAUCACAGACCUGAACAUUUCCAGCCUGAGAUCCAAGCUGGGUCUUGUGAGUCAAGAGCCAAUUUUGUUUGAUAGGUCUAUAGCAGAAAACAUUGCCUAUGGGGACAACUACAGGACAGUUCCAAUGGAAGAAAUCAUUGAGGCAGCCAAAAGUGCCAACAUCCACAACUUCAUCACAAGUCUACCCAAAGCAAGUGGUUAUGAAACCAGGGUAGGUGACAAAGGAACCCAGCUGAGUGGAGGCCAAAAACAAAGGGUUGCCAUUGCCAGGGCCCUGCUGAGAAACCCAGCCAUUCUUUUGCUGGAUGAAGCCACUUCAGCUCUUGACUCAGAAAAGGAAGUAAUCAUGGAAUAUCCAGCAUUUUUAUGGUGCAUUUUCGCCAUUUUCUCGUCGAUGGAAAUUGCGAACUGUGCUCCGAUUUCUGCUGCCAAUGAAGGCAAUUUGCCGAAAUUUCAAUGGCCUUCAGGAGCUCUGGAAGAAAUACUUGGGAAGAUGUCAUCAAAUCCGUUCGAAGCCAAACAAUUGCUGCUGAAGGCGAAAAGAGACGUGGAUGAUUUGGUUGCAAAUUACAAAGAAAGAUUGCUGAGGACCCACAUUCCGGAUUGGCAAGAAAAACAGGUUGAAAGGACCAAAAGAGAAGCUUCUGGAAACAUCCCAGCCCUUGAGGGAAGUGUAAAAGUGUUCACAGGACUCCAGGGAGAAUUUGGCAUCCAAGUAAAAAAUGCACUUCACUUGCAAAUUUUUGAGACUGAGCCGAACAAGGUGUAUGCCCUUGCAGCAACAGGCACAAGUGGCUCACAAACAGCUACCAUCCACAAACUAAACCCACAAGCCCUGGACACACUAUCCAAUCCUGGCCAAGUUGACCUUUUUGAAGAAAUUGCAGGAAUACCUGGUGCUAUUGCCAACAAUACUGUCAUGUUUUGGCCUGUCCUGGUUGGCACUAGAGUAUAUUUGAUUGCUGUUCAGGAUGUCAACUGUCAAUUAGGAGACUGCAAAAAUGGUGGAACUCCAGUUUUUGAGUUGGAUAUUGAGAAAAAUGGGAUUCGUUAUGUGCAAACCUUGCCUGUUAGUCAUGGAGUGGAUGUUGCAAGUGUGACAGCCAAGACAUACCUAGCCUUUGCAAGCAACAGAGUCACCAAUGAUUCCACAGGCAUAACAAAAUACACCCUGGAGUCCAAUGUCUAUGAGUUUUAUGAGACCCAUGUGGACAGUAUCAGCACUUUCACCACAACAGGAGCAGUUGGCAUCACAGCAUUCAAAAUAGGACUCACUCAGUUUGUUUGCACAGCCAAUGCACAGGAUGAUUUUGGCAACACCAAAGUAUUGUCCAAGUGCUGGCAAUGGAACCCAGCUUUGGGCAAACUGGAGGUGCACCAAACCUUCCUCACUGAUCAAGCUUUUGAUGUGGAACACACUAAAGUUUCUGGCAGUUCAGGGACUCUGGAUGACUCCAAACACUUGCUGAUUUUUGGCACACAUGAGACAGUCAUUGAUGAACCAAGCAAUCACCAAAGAAAGAUCCCCAAGUUGGUCAUCUAUGCCUGGGAUGGCCAGGGAUACUGGUUCCCUUUCCAGUGCCUAGAAGUUUUGGAUGUGGGCAGAUUGGUAACACUGCCAGAAAUCCCAGGGACUGAGCAACCUGUGAUUUGCAUUGCAAUGAAGACCAAUGGUCUUGAGUGCUUUGUGUACAAUGGUUGGAAGUUUGCACCCAUGCAACAACCACUGACAGCUGACAACAUAUCACCUGGCUUGAACUCAGUCACCAUCACUCACCUGUCCAAUGGGGACACUUUUCUUGCUGCUGCAAAUGCAUUCAGUGAUGGCUCAACAGUGGAAAGAAGCACCAAGGCUCCAAAUGUCUUCAAGAUGCAGUUUGAGGCCAAGCAGGAUGUGCAGAACUUUCUAGCUUCCACUCUCCUGAGUUGCCAGAGAGUAACUGAGGAUCUAAAGAAGAAUGUGAAUGUGACAAGAAUGCAAGAAGCUGUUGCCAAAUUGCCAAAACGUAAUGGGAAUGAUUUGGAGAUUGAAGGAACUUGUGCCCUGCAAUCAGCUAAUAUUGGGCAUUUGUACACCAGAGCUUUGACAGUGGACAAGCCAAAAACCUCAGAAGAGAAGACAUGGAAUGAAAAGCAGUCUAGCAGCCUGAGGCUUUUGCAGCGCAUUGGAAAGCAGCUGAAAACGCAACUGAGGAAAGUGCAAAAUGCAACUUCUAGUAUGACAACUGCAGAAAUCAGCACUCCAGUGGAAAUCAGCAACAUGAACAUCAAUUGUCUUGACAAUGCUCACAAGGAAAUCUGUAACAGCAUCACAGAUAUCAAACCUAAAAUGAUCAAUGGGGAACCUGCUGCAAAUUUGGAGCACAUUGUCUUGAAGGAUCAUAAUUACACCUUUGAUGAGAUUCAGUUUAAAAAUUUGGCUGUUCCAUCUUUAGUGACAAAUUUCUUGAAUGGAGUCCCAACUGGAGAUUUAUUGACCAAAACUGGAGAUCAUGAGGUUACCAGUCAUAUGGUACAUUUCCAAAAUGUGGUGCACAUCAACAAGGAUGCCACCAUCAAAGGACUCUGGGACAAAGCAAAGAUGUCACAGCUUGCAGAUUGCUCAUCUCCACACCUGGAAUUCCCUUCUGCCACAACUCCCAACCUAGUGGUGGAAAAGGAUCUACAGAUUGACAAUGUGGACAACAUUUCAUUAGCUAAAACAUUGGAUGAUGCAGUGCCACUCAACAGCAAAGAGCGUGUGUUUGUUGCCACACCCUUGAUAUUCAGUGCUGCCUCUGCUGAUGCACUUGCUCUGAAAGUUGACAUCCUGGAGACUGAAGAGAUUUGUGGAGUGAAUCCAAAAACCCUGCUGAGUAAUUCCCUUCUGAAAUCCAAUGAACCUGGGAAAGUUCAGGAAUGGUCUGCUUCCAAUAUUGAAGUGGAUCAUUUUGUGGUCAAUGACUUCCAACUCAAUUCGGGAACUGAAAACUCUGGGACUUUGAUUGUGAAAAACUUGCUUUCAAAUGGAAGUUUGGUGCGGAGUCCUGAAGCAACAUCAGAUGUUAAUUGGGAAGAAUUGUUUAAAACCUGUGUCCCUCUCAAGACCAUGGGUUCAGUGACUUUCAAAGAGGUUAUCAUCCAGGGCAACAAUAGCAAGGUGAAUUCAGUUGUUACAGCAGAAACCAUAAUGCUUCAAGACUUGGUCAUGGAUACAGCUACAAUGAAAUUACCAGAGAUUGUGCUGAAUGGAAGGAGAACCCUGACAAAUCCCAAGAUGAAAUUCAUGAGAGGCUUGAGUAUUGUAAAAGUGGACCAUUCUGGUGGAAAUCUCAACAAUCAGCCCGACACUUUGUUCAAGAAUACCCUGUACACCAGAAUACCAGGAAGUGACAGUUGUGCACCCCAAAAAGUAGAAGCAAAAACAACAGUUGCUGGUCAUUUGCAAGUACACAAUCUGAGAUACCCAGAACUUGCUGAAACCAUUGGUCCUAUUUGCACCACUGGUGAUAAAUUGUGCCGCACACCUUUGGUCACAUUUUCUGGAGAUGUGACUGUUCAGAAUUGCAUGGUAACUGAUUUUCUGGAUGGUAUCUCUAUGACUGGCUUCCCUGACAACCUCUGGCAAGUGAGCAAGGACCAUGUAUUCACUGGCAAUGUGCAAAUUAGUGGUGAAGUCAGAGCCCCUCAUGGAGUCUCAACUGGGGACCAAAAGGUCUCUGGGUUUCCUGUCAAUAAAAUCAAGGAUGAUUUGGUUGCUUGCACUGGAGCAGAAAAAUGUGUCAUUAAUGCUGGAGCUUCCUUUGGAACUGUUGAAGCCCCUGGAGUGCAUCUGGAAGGAUCUCUAAAUGGAAUAAACUUCCCAGCUGAGGUUUUGAAGAAAUCUGACAAAGUCCUGACCUUUGAAUCCCCUGUGCACAUGGUUGGAGGAGUGGGUUUUGAUGGAAAGAUCAAUCUCUCAAAUGCCACCAUCCAAAAUAAGAGGAUUGAUGAAGUGUGUGAUUUUGCAAACUCCAACUUUAGCUCCUUGCAAACUGUGUCCAUCUUUGGUGAUUUGAGGUUGCAUAAUGUCACAGUGAAAGAAUUGUUGAACAAUGUGGAUGUUCAAAUCUUGGACAAGCUUUGGUACAACUCAAGGCCAGCCAACUUCACUGAAUUUAUGACCAUCCACAACUUGUCAGCAUCCAAGAUUGAGAAUGACACAAUUGCAGGAGUGAAUUUGCCUUCCCUGCUCAAGAACAGCCUGAAACACUCCCAGGAUACCCCACAAAAUAUCACUGCAGACUGUCAUUUUGACCAAGUGGAGGUGAAAGACACUUUGCUGGACUCUGCUGUCAUAGUGACAAACAAAGUCAAUGGCCAAGAGCUGAAGGAUCUCCUCUCUGGAUGUUUGACACAUUCUGGAGCAGGAUUAGCUGUGGAGCAUCCUGUGACUGUUGGUGCUUGCAAGUUCAAGAAUGUGAAUGCUGGCAUUAUGAAUAACCUUGAUGUGAACAAGCAACUGUUGUCUGUGGGGCAACCAAUGACCUUAAAUUGCCCAGUGGAGCUGGAAUCUGCUUAUAUUCAUAACCUGCAUGUGGAUGAUGGGAAAUUAUCUGGGAUUGAUAUUCAUGAAUUCCUUGACACUGCUGUAGACUUGAGUGAGCCAGAUGGUGUUACCUUGUCCAAUGUCAGCAUGUCCAAGGUCAUUGCUGACAAUGUGUGGACAAGUAAUGAUGCCACUGUAUCUGGAACUAACAUCCAAAGCCAGAGAGUCUGGAAGCGAGAUGAUAACUUCACACUGCUGAAUGACCUCAUGGUGGAAGGCAAUUUCAGUGUGGACAACAUGACACUCAAAAAGUUCCAAGACAACAACUUGUACAACUCAUCUUUGGUGGAGAAAAAUGCUAAGAAAGUGGAAUUCACUGCACCUGUGGAACUAAAGGGGAAGUUGGUGACAAAGAACCUCAAGAUCCAUUCACCAGCUGUGAGACACAUGAAAGAACUUAUGCAAGAAACUUCAGACUUUGAAAGUAUCAUAGGUAAGGCAAAGGCAGUGCAAAGCAAACUACUGGACUAUGCCAGGAAUGUAGCAGCUCCUCAGGCCAUUGCUUUCAGUCACUAUUCAAGAGUUUGCUCAAUUCCCACUGAAGCCAGCAAAGUUGUCAGUCUGCAGGAUGGAUCUGUUGCUGUUAUUGGUUUUCCAAAUUCUGUAAACAUUUCUGAAGUGCAUGUUUACUCUGUGGGCUCUGAUGGCUGCAACAAGAAGUUCUCAGUGGAGUGUUAUGCCUGCAAAGAUGUGACUCUCAUCUAUUCCCAAGCACCGAAUGUCAACUAUCUCAUGGUUGCUCAUGGGAAACACCAAAAUGAACACUUUGGAAGCACAUUGUACUCAUUGUCUUCUGCCCUGGAUUCUGCAAGGUUGCUGAAUGGACUCACGUCUGAAUUUGGAAACAAUAAGCUGGUGCAGAUAAAAAUUGCUGGACACACUCUGGUUCUUGCAUUGGAGUAUGGUGCAACUUCUGCAAGUCCUAGAGCAAAAAGUGUUAUUUGGGAACUGGAUGAACCUGCUGGGAUGUUCAACUCUCAACUGGCUGCUUUUCAGACUCUGGGGGCUGUUGAUGGAGCAACUGCCACUUUCAAAAACUCCACUGCUGAGUUUCAGCUGUUGGCAAUUUGUCAGUCAAAAGCAGAGAUUUACUACCCAGAUUCCCCAGUCUACAGGAUCCAACCUGAGGGAGAUUCCUUGAGGGUGGACAAAUUGCAGGAGCUGAAUUUCAAGGGUGGCAGUUGCAGGGCUGUGGACAUGGUGAGGUUUGAGGGCACUCUCAGAAUGGUGGUUGCAGUGUCUCAAGAUGGUGGCAGAGACUCAAGGCUCAUGUUCUAUUGGUACAAUCCUGAACUGAGGCAGUUUGAGUUGUCUGAAGAGACCAAGUUUGAGUUGCAAGGAAUGCCACUGGAAGUCAAGUUUGCUGUGGUGUCUACUGCUGAGUUGUACUGCCUGAUUUUGACUGAUUAUCCUGAAGAAAACUUGAAGAGGUUUAAAUUCAAGUUUGCUGGAGCAUGGCAGGAAGAUGGCGUUAUAUCUCAGCAGAAUGCUAAAUCUUUUGCACUCACCAGCCCCCACCUGCCUCAUGACCACUACAUGGAGAAUGAAAAUGCGAUAAGUCCAGAAGAAAGGAUGGAGCUUUCAGCAAAGAACGCCAUUUUUAAUGGAACAUCACCAAAACCAAUGGAAGCGUUUGUAAAUAUCCCAGAAGUUGUGGAACAACCUCAGGCAAAUAUUGUCAUGCCCAAACUUUGUGAUGAGAGACCCAUUGAUGGAUUCCUUUUGGGAAUUAUAAUCCACCAGGAACUUGGUCAACAACCAAUAGACUCCAAAGACAGUUUACCAACUUCGGGUGAAAAUAUGUUCAGCCCAAAAGCAAAAGGGAGAAAACCCACCCAAUCAAGAGGAAACCUCAAACCAAACCCCAGAAAAUUUGCACCAGAAAAGCCAUUUCUGCAAAGCAAAAUGCUGUUUAACCCGGGUCUCAAGGGCUACAGUUACUUCAAGACCCCAGCUAUUGUUAGGACCAGGACUGGAACCCUGCUGGCAUUUGCAGAGGCCAGGAAAUCAAGGUCUGCCAAGGAAUCUGUGAUUUUGGUGCGCAGGAGUGUGAAUCAUGGCACUACCUGGAGCAGAGCUGCCAAGCUUUUCAAGGGUUCUGCCAAGAGAAUUGUUGCCUCUCCAGCUCCAGUGGCUGACUUGAAGACUGGGACUGUUUCUGUUCUCUUUGUGCAUUACAGCAGUGAAGCCCCUGGGGACCAAAACAGCUCUGGAAAGAAAUCAAGAAGAUCAGUGCAUGUUAUCCAAAGUCAAGACGACGGCAUUCAUUGGAAAAAACCUGUACAGAUUACAAAAUCCGCGAUGAAGAAAAGCUGGAAAUCGUAUGUCACAGGUCCUGGGCAUGGGAUCCAAUUGUCCAGUGGUCGCUUGCUAGUCCCUGCUUUCUACACAAAGGCAAAAAAGGGCACCAAGGGCAAGAAACUCAGGUCCAGAGCACAUGUGUUGUACAGUGACGAUGGUGGUACCACGUGGCACCGGGGUGGUCCCAGCAAAAAGGGCACUGGGGAAUCUAGCAUUGCUGAGCUUUCUGAAGGCCUUGUGGUGCUCAAUAGUUUGCAAACCUUAGGAAAUGGAAAGCGUGUUGUGGCAUACAGCAAAGAUGGCGGUGUUUCAUUCCCGUUGGCAACCUUUGAUCAGCAGUUGCCUGAGGCCAAGUUCGGCAGCCCGGGUUCCAUCUUGAAUGUUGUUGUGGAUCAGAAGAAGAAGACCCUGGUUUUUCUGCAGCCAGUCAAAAGUGCCCUGGUUUUAAAAUCAAGUAAUGAUGAAGGGAAAACUUGGACCAAGUCCAAGAUUUUGUCUGUGGGGAGAAUCAAACACUCUGACCUGGUUCUCAUUAAACCCGGGUUUUUGGGGGCAGUGUUUGACACUAAAUCCGGUUCAGUGUGCCUUCCCAUGGCUGAUAACAGAGCUUUUGAACUUGGAGCUCACAGGCUUCAGCAGUCUGAGCAGUGGUGUUAA